AACAGCGGGCGGGCGCGGAAAUAAAACCGGAGAAAAGAAAAAAAGAGUGUCGGAUUUUUUUCGAAACUCAGAAACGAAAAAUAAGUCCGCUGAUAAACCCCACAAAUACAUGAUGAUAAAAAAGGAGAAAAAUCAAAAGAAUAUAUUAAAUAAAAAAAUAUAUCAACAUAUCUAAAUAAAACUGUUGUGUUCGUAGCCCGAUCGAAAUGUGUGGCGGCAGCUAAGCCAGAAACAAAUCAGUUAACGUGACAAUCAAAUGAUUAAUUAGCCAAAAGGUGAAACAGUGCAUUCUAUGUGAAACGAUCAGCUGAUUGGAUUUACGGACACAGCCAGAAGAAAAUUGAAAAAUUGUAAAACUAUUGAAGUAGAGCCAGUGCCAAGGAAACCCAAAAAGAAAUUCGAAUAAAAUUCAAAAGUUGUCGCUGUCGCUGUCGCAAGUGCAAUAUAAAAAUAUAUAUAUAUGUACAUAUUGUUAAUCGGAAUAAUAAUUGUACAUAACAUAAAGUGCAGCGGUAAAAAAUUCCAAGAAAUAAAAUAACAUAAAAUAAGGUGUAUUGAGAAUUGCCGCUCGGAUUCGAUUGCAUUUUUGUGCGCCGCGCUUCGGCCCCGAGGAAUCAUAUGAAGCUUGAUUUUCGCUCGGAGUCUUGUUCGCCGACCACAGCAGAAAGCCCCAGACCCAGACCCAGCCCCAUGUACGACUGCCGACGAUAUUACGCACAAACCCAUGUUGGAUUAUAAUUUAUACCCUUAAAUUUGGGGGCUACAAUGCGGCCAGAAAUAUACAAUGUUACUACAGUUCACGCUGCCCAAUGUCAGGACUAUUUUUAUACUGAUGGUAAUGCUUGCUCUUGGGAUCAAAACAGGCGCAAAGAAAACGGACGAAUAUGUUUUAACGUUGAAGAAACACAACGAUCGUGCGCUGCACAUCAACGCGCACGGCAAAGUGACCGCCGAGGACAUAUCGCUGGCACAAUCCUUCACGAUGGACAGUGUGGGCGAUGCACUGAGCGUGGACUUCAAAAUCACCAUCUAUGCCAAGGAUGUGGACUACUAUCUGUGCUUUCAUCAAGGCAGACUUGUUGGAAAGAGAAACGCCACAAACGACUGCCACUUCAGGGAGUCACUGGAUCACGGCUACUAUCAGUUCACGCACGCCUACAAUCCGGUGCUGCAUGUGGGGAUCAAGCGCAACUUUAGGCCCAUCGGUCUGCGGGACAUGGAGAGCCCGAAUCGGAUGCGCAAUGCGUGUUUCCUGUUCUUCCGCUCGGAGGCGGAGCAUUUCCGCAGCAAUAUGGCGCUGUUGGCUCCCAGGAAACACAAGUUUUCCACCAAAACCACUAAAGCGACCACCACGUCGACAACGACAACAACCACGCCCAGUACUACAACCAGCAGCACUACAGCCAGACCCACAACAGCCCCCACAACCCCCCCCACCACCACAACCACAAUGUUGAGCCCAGUGCCAGUGUCGGGCACGAAACGCGUGCGUGGAAGUCCGCGUCGCCCUGCAGCAUCUUCGGCAGCAACCAGUAUUACUAGCGAUAGUUCUUCUAUAGCCCACAACAACCACAACAGCAAUAGCCUUAAGUCCUACAACCAAGCCAAUAGCAACAACAACAACAACAACAAGAAAGACAACCACUUGGAUGACAUGCUGCAGGAGCAAAAAAUCAUCAAGCGAAACUGGGAACGGCGCCAGCACCGCCAGCAGCAGCAGCAGCAGCAGCACCGCCUAUGGCAGCGGCAGCAACACAGCGGCGCCACAGUGGGGGCCAUGCAACAGCCGCAGCCGAAGAACCUGGAGGUGCGCCACCAUCACAACAACGCCGCCCUCAUGGAGCGGCGACGACGCCGCCGGCUGGAGAGGCGUCGCCACAAGCAGCAGCAGCAGCAGUGGGAGCAGGUGCAGCUCGACACCGAGCACCUGCCCAAGGCCUCGUCGUCCGCCUCCUCGUCGACGGCCACCACAACGGCCCUGACGGCCACAGCGGCCUCGCUGGCCCCCUCCGCUUUCAAUCUGGUGGCCAUCCUGGCGGCCAGCAGUCGUAAGCGGGACAGGCGGAAAAGGUCUGCCGCUGCCGCUCCCGCUGCAGCGAGAUCAGCGGGUUCCGGUGCGGCCACAAGGGCGGACAUGCAGCUGGUGGAGAUGGCCUCGCAGCGCCACCAGCAGCAGGAGCAGGAGGAGGAGCGGGAGCGGGAGCAGCAGCAACAAAACGAAUACUCAAGACCCUAUGUUAAUAGAAACCUAGAAACCCUAAGGCCAGAGCAAACCCUGCAGCUACCACCACACCUAAACGUAAGCCGUAAUCUAAACGUAGAUCUUAGUCUAUAUCUAAAUAGUGAUAGCGAUAAUGUUAAUAAUGCAAUACCUGCCUUGCCAAAAAACUACAACUACAACUACUUGUACAGUAACGAGCAUUAUAAUAUGAGUACUAAAAGUAGCACGACUGAUUCUAGUAGUUUAGAGACUAGCACUAAGUUCGAUAGUCCAAAUAGCCAUAGCCAUAGCCAUAGCCAGAGCGCGUUCAAUCAGAAUAUUGACAAUAAUCUUAAGCAAUCCAACGAUCGAAUUGACAGUGUGGCAGAUGAAGCCGCAACGAAAGUGGAGCCAGGGGCAACAGCGGAAGCGGAAACAGUUAUCGAAACUGUGGCGGAGAAUCGCAAUCAUAUUGAUGCUAAUAAUAUAGUCGACGAUGGCUCUCCCAUCGAGCAGGAGCACGAAAAACAUAUUCUAAAGAAGCUUUUUCGUAGCCUAAACCUGUCACAGCCGCAGCAGCAGCAGCCUCAGCAGCAACAAUAUAAUAUUGAUAACUAUAAUGCAAAUAUUAACGUUGUUAACGAUAACGGGCUGCUGAUCAAUAAUAACCAUAAUAGUAAUUAUAACGAGCAAUUUGCGAAUGACGAUGAAACGAUACGAAUUCGAAAUAAUAAAUAUGAAACACAUAUAGUACAAUACAAACCUGUGCUUACGCUGAGAUUUUGCCAACUCUGA